AUGAAGCACUGGAGGCGUAACAAGACGACGAUCGUCAUCACGCACGAUUUGUCACAAAUACAGAAGGAUGAUUUUGUGUAUGUGGUGAAGGGGGGACGGGUGGUUGAGCAGGGGUAUAGAGGGGAUUUGGAGAGGGGGUAUGAGCCUGGCGUGGGAGUUGCGUUGGGAGGCGAGUCUGGGUACGACGUGGGGUUGGUGGAUGGGGGAGAAGGAGAGGAUGCAGAUGCAGAUGGACGAGGCGAGUUUAAGAAGAUGAUGCAAGCGCAAGAACUCAUGGGUGGGUGUCUACCCGAGAAGGAGCUCUCGCCCUCCUCGGACGAUGAAGCUGCUGCUGCUUUGUUCUCCGACGACGAGGAGGAUGGGGAGUAUGGUCCCGGUGGAGAGGAGGAUGAGGAUGAGGGGAUUGUGAUGGGGAAGGAUCGGACGGGUACGAUGAAGCAUCAGAGUUUGAUUCGUCCGCUGACGUUGGGGAAUUGGAUGUUUGAUGUUGUUGCUGAGCUUGUUGGUGGUCAGCAACAUGUCAGUGGGAAUGGAAACGCUGCCGUGGGUCAUGCGGCGGCUGCGAGUUCGAGUUCGCAGUUCUUGCACCCCCACUGGCAUUCUUCGAGCGGUUCGCGUGCGGCUUCGCCGAGGAAUUCGACGCAGUUGGGCAACCAUAACCGGUCCUCUUCGCAGCUCUUCCCUCAUCCGCAUCCGCAUAAUCGCUCCUCGGGUCAGCUUUUUAACUAUAUUCGAUCCUCGACGCAGCUUUAUUCGUCGGCGUACCACCGGCACCAGUCUUCGUAUCCUUAUCCCUACCCCUACGGCCCGUCGUUCUACUCGCAUCAUAAAGAGUCUUCGAAGGAUAAGGGAAAGGAUGGGAAGAACCCUGUUGGAGGAGCGCCGAGGAAGAGGAGGCCGAGUAGUGCGUUUGUGGAGCCUGUUACGCCUGUUGUUGAGGAGUCUACUCAUUACGCCGGUGGGGGUGGUGGUGGUUCUGUGGCUGUGGCUGGAGGUGCGCCAGGAGGAGGAGUGGGAGGAGGGCAGGGUGGUGGUGGUGGUGGUGUGUCACCGAGGAAGGGCAAGAGGUUUAGUCUGCCGUUCGUCCCUUCUACGCCGACGAGUACGUCUUUUGGGUCUGCUGCGUCGAGGAUGGGGAAGGGUGCUGGUGCUGCGCGUGGGGCUGAGGAGGAUGGUCGACGCCGGGAUCAAGAACAUAUGGAUGGCGUGGAUGAGGACGAGGUGGACGAAGAGGAGGAAGUGUUUGAGAAGGAGAAGGAGGCUGUUAAGAAGAGUGGGGGUGUUGCGAGGAGUGGGAGGGAGAGGGAGCGUGUUAGGCCGAAGGGUCUUGCGAGGAGUGCUACGCACCUCUCUGGAGUUGAGGACAAGGCGGAGGAGGUGCAGGUGAAGAAGGGGCGGAAGGCGCUGGUUGAUCGAUUGAGAAGGCGGAGGAGGGAUGGUGCUCCUCAUUCCGAGAAACCGCAGGGUGAAGAGGGUGAGGACGCACCCUUUGAAGAACAACCUCCACCCUUCUGGGCUCUCAUCCGCAAAGUCAUCCCCUCGAUCCCGAACAAGGCUCUCCUCUUCUUCGGUCUUCUGGUCUGCAUCCUCUCAGGCGCGAUGACGCCCACUUUCUCCUUCCUCCUCUCCCGCCUCCUCUUCGAAGUGAGCAUCGGCGCUCAAAACGUUGGGAUCAUCAACACCUUUGGCGGGAUCGUCCUCGGCAUCGCGGCGCUCGAUGGUCUGUUCCUCGGUAUCAAGUACUUUGUGAUGGAGGUGUGCGGUGUAGCUUGGGUCACCGAGUUGCGCAAACGGGCGUACUCGAACCUCCUCAAACAGGAUCUCGCCUUCUUCGAUUACCGACCUAAGCAUUCGCCUGCCAAGUUAGUACAGGUGGUUGUGAAGGAUGCGGAGGAUUCGAGGAAUUUGGUGGCGGUUGUGGUGGGGCAGUGUGUGGUUGUUGUUACGAUGUUGAGUGUGGGGUUGAUUUGGGCGUUGGUGAUUGGGUGGGAGUUGACGCUUGUGGGUGUGGCUGUUGCGCCUGUGUUUGCGACGAUCAUGUCUGUGCAGACUACGCUCGUUGGACGCUGCGAGGUGCGGAACAAGCGUGCGCGUGAAGCGUUGGCCAAGGCGUAUUACGAUGGUAUCACCAAUAUCCGGGGCAUCCGUGCGCUCUCCCUCCACCGUCAUUUUGAGAUGGAGUUUGAGAAGGGUGUGGAGGUUGCCCUGAAGACGGGUGUGCGUGGUGCGUUUGUGGAGGGGUGCACGUAUGGUGUGGCGAGCGGGCUCAUUUAUUUGGCCGAGGCGUUGUUGUUUUAUGUUGGUGCGGUUUUGAUUGUGAAGGAGAGGUAUGAUUAUUUGCAGAUGGUGGAGGUUUUGAAUUUGGUCGUUUUUACGGUGACGAUUGGGAGUCAGUUGAUGGCGUUUACUGAGAAGAUUGCAAAGUCUGUUCAGGCUACUGCGGAUCUGUACACGCUUGUGGACCUAUCGACGUCGACGACUGCUGAAUCACGCGGGUUCCUCAAGCCGGCGCCUCUAACGGGUGCCAUCGACCUCCGCAACGUCACUUUUGCCUACCCUUCGAGACCGGAUCAGCCUGUCCUCCGCAACCUCAACCUCUCCAUCCGCCCCGGCGAAUGCGUCGCCCUCGUCGGCGCCUCUGGGUGCGGCAAAUCCACGAUCGCGGCCCUCCUUCAACGGCUCUACCAGCCCUCGUCCGGGUCCAUCCUCCUCGGCGGGUACGACACGCAGGAUAUGGACAUCACGCACCUCCGCUCGCACCUCUCCGUCGUGUCGCAGCACCCGCACCUCUUUGAUGCGAGCGUGCACGAGAAUAUUGCGUAUGGUGGGGAGGGGAUUAGUAUGGAGGAUGUGGAGCGUGCUGCGCGGAGGGCUGGUGCGCACGAGUUUGUGAGUGGGAUGGAGAAGGGGUAUGAGACGUUCCUUGGGGAGGGGGGUGGGCUGGUUAGUGGUGGGCAGGCGCAGAGGAUCCAGAUUGCGAGGGCGCUGGCGAGGAUGGAGAAGAACACGCAGGUGCAGAGGGGGGAGGGAGGUGUGCUGGUUCUGGAUGAGUGUACCAGCGCUUUGGAUCCGGAGAACCAGGCGUUGGUUAUGGAUACUAUUCGGGAUCUUGUGUCGUCUUCGCGGUCUGGUGCUGGUACGGCUUUGGAGUACCCCCACUGUGAUGGUGAAGAGACGCCCAAGAUGACGACUGUGAUGGUGACACACAAGGUUCAGGUUAUGCAGAUGUGUGAUCGGAUUGUUGUGAUUGGGGAUGGGGAGGUGAAGGAGGAGGGGACGUUUGAUGAGUUGGUGAGGAGGAAGGGGGUGUUUGCUAGUUUGGCGAGUGGGGGUGAGUGGGUUAGUGGGGAGUAG